GUUACAAUUCGGAUAUUGCCUCCUUAAGAUAGAAAGUCUUAUUUUGAAAAUACAAAUGCGGAAGUAAGUUUAAUCGCGAAAGCUCACUGGACCGCCACACUUUUUUUUCUUUUUUUUUGACGGAAACGAGGGCUAACCAUUUUUUUCCGCGUCAAGUUCGUGGCUGAAAGUUUUCUUCCUCUCUCUUUUUCCCCCCCUUUUGCGGAGGACCAGUCGCAUGCAGUCACAAUGAGGGAGAAAGCGAAGGACUUUUUAUCGCACGGCUUCUCCUCCGGUGUCCACUUCACGUUGCUCUUCACUGACGUCGUUUAGACUUACUUUAAUGCACAACACAUUUCCGUUAUGCGAAGUCCAACUUGUUGGUUAGUCGUCGUGCUGCGGUGGGUGCCCAUCCGAGAUAACGGAGAACGUGAUGAUUCUCAUCCACUCUGGUUACUGCAAUGAAUGGUAACACUAUCCAUCCAGCCAACACCACAACAGCAGCAGGCCAAGGUGUGGCAGUUGCCCAAAAAGGCUGGACGGAAUUCUGCGAGCUGCAUGCCAUCGCCGCAGCCCAGGAGCUGGCCCGGCACUACCGGAGUUUUGCAAGAGAGCGACCACACCAUGAUGUGCUUCCACCAGAGACCUUUUCAAAGCAAUUUACUGACCUCUUCCAGCAACACUUCUGCUGCGAGGUCGACAAAGACGGCACGCCACUGGGUCAGAACACAAGCUCUGCCGCCUCCGGUAGCGCUCCCUCAUCGUCUCCAGUGGUCCUUCGUCCUCAGCCUGUAAUCACUCGAGUGCGGACUUUGCCUCGGGUGCAGGACUAUCGGGAGACUGGCAGACCAAAUGGAGGAGCUGCUCCACUGACUGCGUCACCGAAAGUGGAGCCGGUGGUGUUGAGCCGGGAGCAGGAGCUGCCACUGAGAUGCGCUGCGGGAAACUCCUUUUCAGGAUCUCGCACAAUUGGCAGCGGGACACUGGUGAUUCAUAGCCAUAGCAACGAGGAGAUCUCUGGCACAGAUCAUCGCCAGGUAUCUGAACGGUACUCUUCUGACUCUUUAACCUCGAACCCUGAAAACUCAGAAGUCACACAUUUCUCUUUCAGCCAAAUCCGGAAGUCUGUAAAUAAGCUUUUAAAGAAAUCACCCCAAGCCAGUCCGCGCUCAUCCCGGGACCUUACCCCUAGGAACCCCACCACCACCAACAGUAAUCUUCCAAAUAAUGGUGACAGAGUGGGUGCAGUUUCCUCCAUCAGCGAAGAGGUGUCAUCCUCUUCUUCCCACUCCUCCGAAGCCACACCCACAGCUGCUUCACACCGUCCUGGAAUGAAGGAGCUGAUCAUGGCUCCUUUCAAUAGGUUUCGUAGUAAAAGGCAGAGGCGAUCCGAGGCGAGCGGCUGCUGUAAAGAGGGCCAGUUGAGGUACUUUCUGGUGGACGAAACUGUUUCAGACUCACAGCCCCGCUGGCAGCGUUGCCACCUGCUGGUCAGGAGGAUCAGAGACAUUCAAGGAGGAAGAGGAGCAGGGGAAAGUUACCAGUUAGAGCUCUAUGAUCCUCCAAAGGCCUCCAGUCCCAAGCUGACGACUCACUGCUCAGAUAUCCAAGAGGUCCGGCGUUGCAACCGGCUGGAGAUGCCUGACAACUUUAACACGUUUGUUCUAAAGGUUAAUCGAGGUAGCCUGAUAUUUGAGACGGACAACGAGCAGCAGGUCAGCUCCUGGACCACAGAGCUAAAAGAGUGCAUCAGCAGCAGGUCAGUCAGCGUGGAUCUGGAGCCCCUCCCUUCCCCGCCUGACACUUCUGCCCCAGCCAAUCACAGAGGGAGCUCAGAGCCAGAAAGUCAGAGUCAGCCUCCUGUCACCUUCACCCUGCCAGAGCAGGUAAUCCAGAAGACAGAUCACUUCCUGUUCUCCUACCCCUGGUUCCACGGACCCAUCUCUCGCGUCAAGGCGGCCCACCUGGUUCAGAGCUCCGGGCCAGAGGGACACGGGGUGUUUCUGGUCCGACAGAGUGAGACACGCAGGGGCGACUACGUCCUCACCUUCAACUACCAGGGAAAAGCAAAGCACCUGCGCCUCUCUUUGACAGAAUGGGGUCAGUGCAGGGUGCAGCACCUGCGCUUCCCAUCUGUUAUGGACAUGCUCAGUCAUUUCAGACUCUUCCCUAUCCCACUGGAGUGUGGAGCCGCCGGUGCUGUCACUCUGUCCCGCUUCGUAGUGGCGGGUUCCACCCCGCCUUCACAGGGUCAGCUCUCAGGCGCCUUCCUCGUCCCGUUCUCCCUCCAUCGCUGGAGCUCUGAGCCCAGCUUGGCUCACUGCAGCCUGGCUCGCAGCUCCAGCCAGCCCCCUUCCUCCUGCUCCACCAACACCACGGCCAGCACCAGCUUUUCCACUUCCAGCUCCUUUUCCCAGUCUGGAAUCCAUUCUUUUACCCGCACCGGCAUGGUCCCCGAGCCCACGCUGUCAGCCCCGCCUCCACUCCGUCGGAGCGAGUCGGUAGGAAGGAGGAACCUGCUACGCCACCCCAGCACCCACGCUCCCAUCAUCCCUCAGCGGGACUCAGACUAUGAGCUGGAACCUGACCGCGGUCGCAAGCGGGCAAUAGACAACCAGUACAUGUUGCUCUGACCCCGCUGAGUCAAACACCUGCAACACCUCUGAACGACAGCAGACACCUGUGAAGCUGACACACUCAGACACACACAAACACACUUGUGUUUGCUUGUCGCUCCCCUCCCACAGGUAUAUAACCUGAUGCAGCAGACUCAUGAACUUGAGUGAAGAAGUCUUUGUCUGAUGAAUGCAUACCACUGUGUAUGUGGAAACACACACAAACACUCACUUUGUGCGUGUGUGUGUUUACCAGUGUCAGACCCUCACAUCCUCCACCCAGACUGUCCACAGUGAAUGUAUUUUCGGAGCUUUAUAACAGUGCUGAUUAUUAAUGUUGAGGUUCUCUGUGAGAGUGGGAGAGUCAAAUGACUAUUGACCUAAAGCCCAGGCAGAAAAUAGUUUUCUAUAUUUCUAUUCUGGUCAUUUUUAUAGAGGUGCACUUGUUUUCAUUUCUUUGGCACUUAACCAGAACUGAUGGGAAGGCACUCCCUGCAAAAUUGGUUAAUUUAAAAUAUUUAAAAGACAUUUACUCUCCACACAAAGUUUCCAGUGUGGAGCAAACUCUCACCUUUCUUUCUUUUUUUGUACACAGACAAAGAGCGCUCAUUUUAGAGCAUUAUUACAUUAGAUAUUCUCCCACUUGUGCUUUAUUAUGUAUUGAAGUAUAUCUUCAGUGCACUUUGAAAGCAAUGUGUAUUUUUUCUAUGCACAGAUACUUUUGUAGAAAAAUAAUAAUGAUUUUUAUUUUUUUUUACAGUCAAAAAGGGGAAACUUUUGUUACAUUUUGCUAAAAAUGGAUUGAGCACCGCUUCCACUCCUUCAAACUUACAGAGAAGAACGGAUUCAGAAUCAGAUUUUCAUCACCGCUCUUUAAUUUUUACCCUAAAUCUAAGUUUGAGUUGUGCAUCUGGAUGUGACCGUUUAUGCGAGAAUAAAGCAAGUGUGUGGUGUUAUGUUGAAUUUUGAUCACCUAAGGCAGUUAUACUCAACUUAUGGGUAGGUCAGGGUCACUUUGAGUGUCAGCUGGAAUAUCUGCCCUUUCAGAUUUACUAAAUAAAAAGGACAGACGAGGUUCCGGCUCUUUAAUUGUACCCAAAGCAGCUGCAGCUACAAUCCAGCUGCUGAAUGCCUUAAAAGAUAUUAUUUACUUGUAAUAUAGUCAAGUAUUUUAAAAAUAAACUAUUUUACAAGAGAGUAAAUUAUUACUUAUAAUUAUAAUUACUUAUAUAACAACAAAGCACCACAGAAAUCAUUUCUGCCACAAAAUCAGAGAAGCUGGAGUGAUAAAGUAACAAGAGAAUUUUAAUAUGUCGCCAUCCUGCAGCCGUGAACGGUGGGUUUAGAUGGUCUGUGGAUAUUAUUACAAGCACUUUUUAAGAGUUUGAAGUUUCAACUGAAUGAACGACAGAAAAUUGUACUUCUGCUCUGGUUUAUAUGCUAUAAGAUGUGACGUGUAAACGUUUUCCUCCAUUGUCACAGGUUUACAGGUCGCAGGCAUUUAAGAGCUCAUAAAACAACCUUUAACAGCAAUAACUCUGAGUGAUUGUUUGCUGGAUCAGUUUCUCUCACAGUUGAGGAGCAGUUUUUAUCCCACUCUUCUUUUGUGGCCAUUCAUUGUGCACACCUCCCAUAUGGAAAAGAUAUAUAUAAAUCUUAUAAAGGUUGUAUCUGUCUUGUGUGAAACUUGUAUGAAAAGCAU